AUGUUAUUCACUCGUUACGCUACUACUCUUGCUAUUGCUACCUCAUUCGUUUCAAAAGUCGGUGCCAUCGCUGCUCCAAAAGCUGAAGCUUUACCAUGGGCCAAUGCUAACCCACAAGCUUUCGCUGCUGCUAAUGCCUAUGCUGAUGCCUAUGCUGAAGCAGUUGCUCUAGCUCAUCCAGAUCCAGAAGCUUACGCUUUAGCUGCUUCAGCUGAUGAUUGUGCUUCAAUCGCAUGUCAUGCUUCUUGUGGUCUUUUAAUCAUUGCUGGUCAAGAAUGUUCUACAAACUCUGAAAACUCUUAUCAAGGUCCAUACAAUACUAGUUGUUUAUGUAGUGCUGGGUCAAGUUUCAACCAGUACUAUGCUCCAUGUAUGGAUUGUGGUUGGACUUUAUGGAAAUAUUACGGUGGUUAUGUUAGUUCUGCUUUAGCUGCUUGUGAAACCAUGUCAACUGAACCAACUGGUACUGCAAGAUGUUCAACUACUUUAACUGAUUCAUACACUUUAGAUACUGAAAUUCAAGGCUGUUCAUAUUUAGGUAACUGUCCAACUACCACUGCUGAAGCUACAUCAACUGCUGCUGAAACUACAUCUACUGCUCCAACUUCUGAUGCUCCAGCUACUUCUCAAGAUGCUACUACUUCAUCAACCUCUCAAGCUGCUCAACCAACAUCUGAACAACAAACUUCAGAAGGUCAAACCACUGAUGCUGCUCCAACUUCAGACGCUGCUCCAACCUCAAACGCUGAACAAACUACUGAUGCACAAACUUCAGCUGCUGCCCCAGGAACUGAAGCUGAAAGUUCCACUGCUCAAACUUCAGAUUCUCAAAACUCAGAAGCUCAAUCAUCAGCUGAACAAUCAACCACACCAAGAGCUACUCAAGGUCAAACCACAGCUGUCCCAACUGUUCCAGGAUCAGCUUCAAACCAUCCAGAUGAAUCUAAAUCAAAAUCAAUCGAAACUCCAAAAGCUACUCAAGGUCAAACCACAGCUAUCCCAACUGUUCCAGGCUCAGCUUCUAACUACCCAGCUCAAUCAAAAUCAGUUUCUCAACCAUCUGGUUAUUUUAACACUUCAGUUGCUACUCAAUCAAACAUUCAAACUACUUUAGUCACUGUUACUUCAUGUCAUGAAGAUAAAUGUUCUGAAGUUCCAUCAACUGCUCAAGUUUCAGUUGCCACUACUACCAUCAACGGUGUUGUUACUUCAUACACUACUUAUUGUCCUUUGACUACACCUGAAGAUGUUCCAGCUACUCAAAGUACACAAUCAAAAUCACAAUCACAAGCUCCAAGUGGCUCAAUCCCAGGUUCUACUAAAACUACUGGUGCCACCGAAGCUCCAGGAGGUUCAACUGUUGCUCCAUCUCCAUCAUCUCCAGCUACUCAAUCAACUGUUUCAUCAGUUCCAGCGGUUACUACUUUUGAAGGUGGUGCUGCUAAGGUUGUUGCUGGCUCAUUCUUUGGUGUUUUACCAUUCUUAUUCAUCUAG